UAACUCCAGCCCACUGAGACUGUCUUUUGGGGAAGAAGUUACUGUGUACCAGAUAAUUGGUAGUGAUGCAUUGAAGUACACACGCGCGCGCAAUGACGGCAUGUGACUGUCGUUAACAGUCCUUAUUAAAGUUCCUGCUCCUCUGCUGUUUUUGAAUUGUGAGGCUGCAAACACUCGGAGCUGAGGAUGUUCUGGUUCCAGCAAGGACUCUGCUUCCUGCCUGCGUUCCUGGUCGUCUGGUCCUCCUCCACCUUCAUCGUCUCCUAUCUGAUCGCCGUCUUCAGACAUGAUGUUGACCUUAUCUUUCCAUACAUCAGUGACACAGGUGCAAAUCCCCCCGAGAGCUGUAUCUUCGGCCUGAUGACGUUCAUCACCGCAUGUGCAGGAAUCGCCACCAUUUAUGCCAGAUACAAGUUUGUGGAGAAGCUGAGUGAGGACUCACCGUUGGCAAGGCCGCGUGUCAAUAAAAUCGCCAUGUGGCUUGGGAUGCUCUCCUGCCUGAGCAUGUGUAUUGUUGCAACAUUUCAGGAGACAACAGUGGUGGAAGUUCAUGAUCUUGGAGCUCUGCUCUUCUUCCUCUCUGGUGUCUUGUACAUAAUCUUCCAGUCCUACAUCUCACAUCAUAUCUCUCCAAUGGGGUCGUCAGCCGCAGUGCACCGUGCACGAGUGGCCAUCGCCACCCUGGCUGCUUUGGCAUUUAUACCCACUGUAAUCUGUGCCUUCUUCGUUACACAGACAACUCUGCACAGAAACAAAGAUGACGAGGAUUAUCCCUUCCACCUAGCCAGUGCUGUCUGUGAGUGGAUUGUUGCCUUCAGCUUUGUCUGCUACUUCCUGACGUACAUCCACGAUUUCAAGUUGUUUACCUUACAGGUGAGAACAGAGUUUGAGCGCUUCCUUCUGCAUUGAGCUCUCAGCAGGAGGGGGAUGUUUAUGGAGUUGUUGCACUUGUUUUUAUACUGUAAUGAUUUCUUUUAUACUACAUAAGGUACUUUUUAUUACAUUGCUGUCUGCCAGGUAUCAAGUUACUGUAUUUUUUUAUUUGACCAAUUUUGUACAAUCCUGUAUCGUUUUAUAAGUAUAUUUCUAAGUGUUUUCUACUUGGUUUGCACUUUGCACUCUGGACUUCCACCACACACUCCCUGAUGGAUCUGUAACCAACAAUAAGGGAAGUUCAUCACAUUGCUGACACAUGAUUGAGGUGCAUGUGGUUAAAUUACUGUCAGUAUUACAGUCGUUCAAGUUCUUGCGGCUCUAGGGUCACAAGAUGUGAAAAUGACGAAAGGGAUCCGACACUGAUGACUGAUUAUUUUGGUGCUGAAACUGAAAAAUACUGUUCCUGCAAUUGGCAUGUUUUUUACCUAAUGUUUUUAAUACUAUAAUGGGUUAAAAACACUCCUGUUUUUUUUUUUUUAGAAGAUUGACCCCGUUUUACGACUUUAUGGUACUACACUGUGUUCUAGUGCAGCCUCUUCACGUGUCUAAUGUAAUCUAAUAAAGAACAGGAAGUCGGA